AAAAACUAGAACUCGGACUCAUCCAGCUCUCUGGAGAGAGAGACAUGAUAAGAAAGUCCAUCAAACCAAAUGACCGUCAGAGGGCAGUGGCCAAGACCCAGCACCAGAAGAAGAACAAUGUUAGCAUGCUGUCCGAGGCCAAGGAGGGGAUGAAGGUGAAGCUGCUGGAGCUGCAGGGGCCAGUGAUGCAGCUUAUGAUCAACCACGAGGUCCAGCACCCUGCUAAUGAGUCCACUCCAGGGGCCCCAGCCCCCCAGGAGCUUGGUGCUGCUGACAAGGAUGAGAAUUUUAUGAGAUGAGCCUGGACGAUGACAGUGACAGCCUAGAGCCUGCAGGAGGGAGAGUACAUCACAACCCCACUGCACAGCAGAUGGCACAUGGCUUUGUGAGCUGCGGGAUGGCCAGCAACACUGACCCUUGGGCAGCAGUCCCUCCAUGCCAUGCUUUUACCGGGUUGCGGCGAAGGAGGAAGUAAACAUCACCAACAGCUAAGAGCUGCCCAAGAAAUUUACAAAGGAACAAAGUUAUAGGGUUAGUCUACAUGUUACUUUAUUUGAAUGUUAGAGCCACACAUGAUGAUUUCUGUUUCUAAUUUAU